AAGAAAGAGUUUCUAUCUAGUUCAUCCACCAAGACAAUCAGUAAGCCCCCCUCGGAUCCCCUGUCAGAACGCCCCCGGAGAUCCACCACUUCUGUGAUUGGGGAACCAAAGAAGGAGACAGAAAAGAGGUAUAGAAUCAAACACGUCAAUAGGAAAAACACAUCGACCAGACAUAUAGCAAAAGUUAGAUUUGAUAUAAUGGCAACGACAUCCGAGAUGCACUAAGGACCGUCUGCAAGAUAUAGUUUUAUCAAAAUUUGUAAUUUUUGCACCUAUCGACAGAUGACAUCUGAAGAAAAAACGUGUUAUAUGACUGAUCAUUACCUAUAUACUUCAAAUCACCUUAAUCAUAUAUCUGACAGACGAGAUGAAUACCUUUGAAUAAAAGGCAUAAAGAAAAAAUCUAUUUUGUACUAGAGAUAUAAAUUUCCCAGCGGAAUUUUGUUGAAAAUCACAUUGGAUUGUUUUCCCCUGUGGGGGAAUUUAAAUUUCUCAAAGAAUUAAUUUUUCCUGUAAUGUAUUUUCUUCUUCAAAUGAUAUAAAUGUAAAGAGUUUGAAAAUUGCAUUUGCGUAGAACAGUGAAAUAGAAAUGACAUAAGCAUUAGAGAUCGGGUUUCCAUUGUCCUUUUUUCUUUAAAGUGAUAUGAAUGUAAAGUUAUAUCGUGUUAAAAAAUUGCAAUUGUAUAAAAGAGUCAAAUGGAAAGGACAAAAUUCAUGGAGAUCGGUUUUCUAUUGUCUUCGAUGGUGUCUGUGGUGUCAGAUUUCUAAUUCUUUACGAAAGUAAGACGGUGUUUCGUUUAGCUUUAACCACUGGCAGGAAAAGUUUGAUAGACACAACAGGUUCAGUGACUUCCACACGAUCAACAAACCUUUCAAGGAUAAAUGUAAUUUACACUGUUACGUCAACACCAUACCACGUGACAGAAAUUAGGUCACUGUUUAUAGAACGCAAUACAUGUACUCGAAUGCUGUUGAUAUGUAUCCUUUCGGUACCCGGGGAGUUUGAAGAAUGUUCCACUGAAAAAGGGGGAGGGGAUUAGAAAAAAAUAUCACUGAAAAUGUGAAGCACUGUAUCAAUACACUCUUUGCAUCAAGGGGAAAUAUGGUUAAUAUUCUACAGAAUGCGCAUCGGGAUCGGUCCUCUCGUGUCCAAAGGCCACGGCGCGGCGGUCACGCCGAACCGACACGAAGUAUGCGCGGAAUACUUUUUUAUAACCUUACCUCCUUCCCUUUCUUUUUGUCACCUUCUAUUAAGGUUUCUUUCUUUUGACACCUAGACUGCGUUACCCUGGUUUCCGAGACCUUCCGAUUGUGCAAGGCCUCGGGAACCAGGCUUAGACUGCGUGUGUGCCUAUUAAGCGAAACCUAUACCGGUCCAAUGCUGAAGGGUAUGGAAAUCUGGAAAAAAAUGCAUCAUGAAACUUAUGCUUGUAGCAUAUUUAAGGAUCUAUAAAAUUGAACAAAAUAAAAGCAGAUUAUUGCAAUUUUACCAACCGAUAGGAUGUAACUUCCCCUUACAAAUAAUUCCAAAUAUGUUAUGAUAUUCUCCUCUGGGACCCAGCGCAGGGGGUUACAAUCUCUGUUUUUGGCCAUUACGCAUUUUAACGCUAUGGCUGUGGAAAGGAUAUGUUGAUUUUUAUAGUAUUUGCCUUUCAUACUAUGCCAUUGUUAAUGUGUCUUCCACUAUGUUCUGGAAAGUCAACUUCUGGUUCUAUCCUUAUAUUGUCUCUAAACUUUUACAGCCCUAAACGACGAAUACAGGCAGUGACAACACUGGGAAAUGAUGAAGUUAAAAAUCUGAACAAAGCAGUUGGACGUCUUUUCGACCACCUCAGAAUACAAAAGUUAUCGGAGAUAGCCCGGGAAAGUACCGGGAUCCCAGUGACUCAUGGACGCUCCCCUACGACGAUUGGGAAAAAAGGGGACGACUUUGAUGACUUCAAAGAGAUCAUCCGAAAGGUUCGAGGUCUGGAGAAUGAACUACUGAGACAAAAGGCUUCACAAACGACAGAGUUGAAAAGAUUGGGUGAUGAGAACAGGGGGUUACGGAACACUGUAACAGAAUUAAGGAGGGAACAAGAGAAAUUGAAGGGACUCCAGCCUAUCACAAAGGCGGCAAAAGAGAAACAAGUGGAGAAGCUAGAAGAACAAUACAACAAACAAAAGAAGGGGAUGGAGGGGAAGAUUGUGGAGCUGGAGUCAGAAUUACAGGAAAAUCUGAACACAACAUUGCGAGAAAAAGCUGAACUUGAGCAAAUGAUAGUUGAUGGUGUAUCCAAACUGAAGACUUCUAUUGCAUCCCUGCAUACUCGACUUGUGGGGGAAAAGCAUCAGAGUGAGCGGACCAAGACCACGCUGACGCUAGAUGGCGUGCCGGACGAAAAGAGAAACAUAGAUAUCCUGAUCAGCAAGAUUCAUCAGAUUGAGGAUAGCGCAGACCUGCUGGAAGAAAAGAACAGCAAACUGGGAAAGAUUCUAAUCGAAAAAGAUGUUGAGAUUGAUAAGCUGAGAAAAUCUUUGCUGGAAAUCUCUGAAGAGGUUACUAAAAUGCACGGAGCCCUCGCCAUUAUAGACAAGUCUCCGGUAGACGUGGUCACAAAAUCAGGGGUAACGGACACCCAUGGAACAAAGGCAGUGCUUACUCAACUACAGCACGUCCAUACAAGCAUCCGUCACUAUAAACGAAUUCUGCAAGAGAAAGAGAGGAGCACGGUUAGUCCCAAAAACAAUGAUGAUUUGAUUCCUCUAAAACAACAGAUAAACAAACUUUACGAAGACUUCGUAACUGAUAGCAGUAGCCAAACGGACGUCGAUAAAGUAGACGAACCAUCACGAGAAGAUUCCCCGAAAACCCAACGCGAGAGAACGAACGAGAUUAAUCAACUCUUACAAAAGCUCAGUCGGGUGGAAAAGGCUUAUACCGCCCUCAAACGGCAGAACGAACCCUCAGAAAUGUAAUUCUGGUACUCCAGUGAUACAUGAUCAAUCUGUGGGAAUGUGAAAGUUGAGUGACCUAUUCUCAGUUUUUCAAUGCAAUAAUUCUGACAUUUGUUAGAGCGUAUCUCCCAUUUCAUCACUGCGUAGUUCAUCUGGAAUAAACAGUAUAAUAGAAACAUUUUGUUCCAGUACGAUGAUAAUUUUGAAACGUCAGUAUUUUACUUUCGUUAUCAUUAUUAUGAAUAUUUUUUAUAAUCAUGAAAACAUAUUGGUGCACUUUAGUUCUCAUUAUUUCAUGCACAGACUAAGGUUGGUGUACUUUGAAUGUUUGUGUUGAAACGCUUCCUUAAUUUCACCACUGUAAUGCUGAUUUAGCGACCGUUAAUAUUUACCUUUGGUGAGCUAUUCUCAUUAUAUUCAUCAAGUGUCAUAUGUAAAUUACAAAACACCUAAUGCAAUAUAAAACAGAUUACUUGGAAGUGAAUGUUGGUAAGUUGACAAUCAUUACUAGAGUGAAUAGAAAUCCCAUGAACUCGUAGCGUCAUUUCAUUGAUUUACUGUGUGUAUAAGAAAUUGUUAUUUUUUUUUAUCCGAUUCUCUACCACUGUUAUUUGGUUACAUACCAAACUGAUUCGUUUUCUCCGACAAAGGUCACAGAGCUGGCUUGUGUUUGACAAGGAUAGUCCUAAUUAUCUGCUUGUAAAUGUUUGCAAAUGAUGCAUUAUGUACAAAAUGUACGUUCAAAGAGAAAUGUGUAAAUAUUCUUAAAGCACUUUAUUUUGUUGUUAAUGAUAUUGUUAAUUUGUCAUUCUUUUUAACGCUUGGCAUUGGAAUAUGCUGAGGACAAUUCAAUAAAAAUUAUGAAAACUA